GAAACUUCGAAGUUUGAAGUUCUUCAAACUGGUACCUUUGUUGUAAAAAAUCUUCAGCCAGAAGACAAAGGACAAUACCUCUGUUUAGCACAAAAUAGAUUUGGUUCAGCCCACCAUAUGGUCACUCUAGUUGUCAAGACUCAGAUGCCAAAAAUUGUAAAUCCACCCUCAAAAGAUUUGUCUGUGUAUCUUGGCAAGUCAAUAAACCUGCACUGCGUUGCACUGGGAAAGCCCAAAGCGCAGAUUUCCUGGAUUCUCCCUGACAGAACUUCACUGCAAGGGGUGGAAACAAAUGCAAUGGCCUCACUCUUAGCUAAUGGCACCCUGAACAUUCCAUCAGUACAUUCUUCAAGUGAAGGGUUCUAUAAAUGCAUUGCCAGCAAUGAAGCUGGGGAGGAUACAAUGACUUAUAAGCUCAAUGUUGUAGCUUCACUGCCAACCAUCAAUGAGGAUGCAAUCGAAAGCCUGGCCAUAUCCAUUGGAACAAGUAUCCAUGUGCACUGUACAUCAAAGGGGGAACCCCAGCCAGUCACCAAAUGGAGUCUUCCUGAUGGCACAUGCUUAGAACCCACCAAACCUCUUAAGGGACGCCCCUUUGUCUUUCCUAACGGAACACUCUACAUCAAAAGCGCUUCCGUGACCGACGGUGGAAGAUAUGAGUGCACGGCUACCAAUACAAUGGGCUCUGUCAAGCGAUUGUUUCUGCUUGAUACCAGACUGGACUCCUUCCUCCCUAAACAGCGUGAGCAACAGCAACAUCAUGUGUCUGCCAUGUAUGGCUCAACAAUAUACUUACACUGUUCUUAUCAUGGCACAGUUUGGAGAUUGCCAUCCAAGAAACUUCUUGCACAUCACUACAGCCCUGAAAGCUUUGCCACUGCUUUUCCUAAUGGAACCCUGAGAAUACAGCAGCUGACUGAAAAGCUUGCAGGCAACUAUGUGUGUAUGCCUCAGCAGUCAAACGGGGAGGAUAUACAGUACUUUCAAGUAGUCGUCUUCAAGAAGCCUCCCAAGAUCGAAAACACAGGAGUCCCACAGCUAAGCGUGUCAUUGGGUGAAAAACUCCAGGUGGACUGUGUAAGUUCUGGUUUGCCAAACCCUGAAGUUUCCUGGAGUCUUCCAGAUGGCACAGUUAUCAACUCGGCCCUUCAGUCAAAUGGCAACGGAAGCCAUUUUGACCAUUAUGUUGUCUUUAGCAAUGGCACACUGUUGCUGAAGCAGAUCAACAAAAAGGAUGAGGGGGACUAUAUAUGUUAUGUCAAGAAUGCAAUAGGGGAAGAUGGAAUGAAAGUCAGUGUCAGAGUGCUCACAGAAUCUCCCACGAUUGUCUCCAAGGACCAAGUUUCAGUUUGGGCUCAACUUGGCAAGCCAGCCUAUUUAAAAUGUAAAUCUCAUGUAAAUCCUCUCAGUCCACUCAUAUGGCUUUCUCCUAGCAAUAAUGUAAUUUCGUCCACUUCAAUCCAUCACCAAAUUUUAAAGGAUGGAACAUUGAUCAUCAAAAAAGUUGCUUUAAGGGAUGAAGGGAGGUAUACUUGUUUGGCACAUUAUUCGGCCAUUAACAACAUAGAGCUCCAAGUGGAACAUAAAAGGCCAGACAUUAAUGGACACGGGGGUGAAAGUAGCACAAAUGUUUUAGCAGUGUCUUAUCAAACUAUUCUAAUGGAUUGUAAAAGUGAAGGCAAGCCAGAGGCACACAUUACCUGGGCAACAUCAUCUGGCUUGUCCUUGCCAAUGCCAUAUGUGGGUGGCAGGUUCCAAGUACAUCAAAAUGGCAGCUUGGAGCUGAGAGGAGUGAGAAAGUCUGAUGAAGGUCAGUUUAAGUGUGUUGCAACAAAUGACUUGGGAGAAGCAAGUCUCACAGUCACUUUAAAAGUAGAAACACUUGCUGAAAAGCCCAGCUUCCCCAAUCCGAACAUAGAAAUGUAUCCUAUAAAAUCAGAUGGAAGUGAUAUAACUUUAGAAUGCAUUGCAACUGGUAAGCCAAAACCAGUAUUUGUAUGGAUUCUGCCAAACAACACUCAGCUGAUUCCAGGCACCAGACUACACAGGUUCACACAUCUCAUAGGGAGUGGAAUUCUACACAUUGUCAACCCACUGACGACAGAUAAAGGCAUUUAUCGUUGCCAGGCAAAAAAUGUGGGAGGGCAAGCUGAGAAACGAUAUGAACUACAAACAGGAAAAAAGCCUUAUAUUAGAGGAAGUGGGGGUCCCAUAAAGAUAACUUUUGGGCAGACACUGAACAUGCCAUGUACUGUUGAAGGCUGGCCAGAGGCCACAGUGUCUUGGACCCUUCCAAAUGGUCUGAUUCUGACCAAGCCCCAGGUCACUGGUAGAGUCAUAUUUCUGGCAAACAACACACUGACGGUUAAAGACACAACCAAAUUUGACAGAGGAAGUUACAUAUGCAAAGCUACUAAUACAUAUGGAUCAUCUUUCUUGUCCUACCCAGUCACAAUCAUGGUAUACCCUCCACAAAUUACAACUGCACCCCCUUCAGUGAUAAGAGUUUACAGGGGAACAUCUGUGUCGCUGAACUGUAUUGCCGUUGGUAUUCCCAAGCCUGACAUCUCUUGGACCUUGCCCGGACGCACAACACUAGUGCCCAGCAGUCGCUUCAUAGCACAAGGUGGAAUUCAUCUGACAGGGGAGGGUAGUCUGGUCAUACCAGACCCUGGUCUGAUGGACUCGGGAAUUUAUAAAUGUAAUGCAAAGAAUGUGCUGGGGACAGAUUUUAAAGCCACAUACCUUCAAGUGGUCUGAGCCAGCGUAAAGGUGGAGGUGGAAUCACAUUGCUUGUAAAUACAGCCAACAGGACAGUUAUAAAUAUUUUUGUAUUGAUUAUUACAGUUUUAGUAGCAAUAAGUAGGCAAUAAAAAUAAAGGACACCUUGGUAUUAAUGUUCAUGAAUUGAAUGAUGUUCAUUGUUUGUGAGUUAGUAACCUUUGUUGUUUGUCAGUUUGGUUCAGACAUUUGGAGAUGGUGAAAGUAUAGUUGGAUAAGUUAAGAGGGCCUGACGGUCCCUACACCUACAUUAGAUGAGCUUGUUACAUGCUACCUAUGCCCGCACGGUCUACUGAUGUUUGGUAACCUCAUCUAUAUUGUUAUCAAUGCUACAUAACAUGCAAUACAAGAUCCUGUGGAAGAAUGUAUAAUGUAUAAUGUGGAAUGUUUCCAACUGGUAGUCUGA